GCUGUGCGUGCACAGCUCUCCGGUGAAAAUGAUAUCAUAUCUGUUAAAUAGGGGUUGUGGACAAUUCUGAUUGGAUGGAGAAUGGAUGUGAAAGCACAGAGGAACAUCUGGAGAAAUUUCUGAAACGCUCGUUCGCUGCUGUCGUUACUGUGUGGUUGGGAAUCUUUUGGAGGGUAGGCCUCAAAAUCCCCGGCCUUGCCUGCUUUUGGCGACCGAGAAGGAGGUCGAAUCGUUCAGACAGAGAUGGUGCUCAGUACUCAGUGUCGGAGAGCUGAUCAGAGCUCGAAGUUUUCGGAUGACUCAGAGUCGGAUUGUAGUCGGCAUGGCAGGGAGAGUUUUUCUUCCUUCUCCCGUCCGCGUGAGAUGUGGGACAUUUGAGAAACUUUGAACUUUACUGUGCUCAGGGACUUCUUCAUCAAGUUAUGAAAAGAUGCAAAUGCUGCAAUGCUAAGUAAUUAUGAGGUAUUUAAACUUCUGACUGAUCUCAAAGAACAACGGAAAGAAAGUGGGAACAAGAAACAUAGUGCAGGACAGCAGAAUCUUAAUACAAUAAUGUAUGAGACUCUUAAAUAUUUGUCCAAAACAUCCUGCAAAUAUCAGACUCCAGAAAUCGUAACUGAAUUCCUAACAGCCGUGGUUUCACAAAAACUUACUAAGGCAGAAAAACUUCAGCUCUUGAAUCACAGGCCAUUGACUGCAGUGGAGAUACAGUUGAUGGUAGAGGAGAGUGAGGAAAGACUAACAGAAGAACAGAUUGAAGAACUUUUGCAAACUAUCAAUAACAUCCUGCCAGGAUGCCCAGAUGAGCAAACUGGAGGUCAGCAACAGGAGGAGAUGGACAUGGUGGCUGAAGAUGAAGUAAUCCAAAUGGAUGACUCCUAGCACGAUCAAAUGGAAAGAUACUUUCUGUUAAACAGUAUACGCUAUAGAUUGAUCUUUCUCCCUUUUCUACUUAAACCUUCAGACUGUGUUGGGAUUCAAGUCUACAGAGAUUAUAUUUCAAAUACUGUAUAGAUGAUUUUGUAUGUUCCAUACUGUACAAGGUGAGAUGUAAGUUGUUUGUCUUAAUUGAGUUUAUCAGUUCACAAAUAGAGAAACUAAAGCACCCCAGCCUCUAUAAUUGUACCUUGUAGAUGCCACUUCAGUGUGAAAGCCAUUGAGAUGACAUUCCUAGAAGGAUGGAAGAGAUAAUAUUGGUUUGUUUGCAUUUUGUAAAUAGAAAUGCAAGGAUGUGUGUUCAGGAUUAUUUCUUAAAAUAAACAAUGCAUGUACAUGAGACUCUGUACCUGAAAGUACGCUUCCAAAAAAAAAGUUGUAAAUAUUUUUGUGACAUUCUUAAAAGCAAAUGUUCGCUUAUUGCAUAAAACAACUGUUGAAAAUGAGGAGGAAUCAAAUCAAUGGGUAAUGUAGACUCACAGAAUUGCACAGCAUGGAAAUAGGCUCUUCAGCCCAACUCUGGUAGUUCAUUCCACUCACUGUAUGAAAACAUUGACCUCUCAGUCCCCUUUAAAUUUUUCUCCUCUCGCACUUGUCCUCUAGUUUUCAGACUCUCCUACUCUGAGAAAAAGACCAUAUCAUCUAUGCUCCUCAUAAUUUUAUAAACCUCAGUCUGUAAGGUGACUCCUCGCCCUCUCUAGGGCAAACUGUCCCAGCCUAUCCAAUCAAGCCCUCCAGUGCAGGCCAUAUACCAGUGAAUCGUUUCUGUAACAUUCCUGGCUGAAUUAUAUCCUUCAUGUAUGUGGCAACCAGAACUGCGCAGAAUACUUCCAAGUGCCACUUAACCAUUGAUUUAUACAACUGUAAUAUUACACCCCAACUUCCAUAACAUAUCACCUUGGUCAAUGAAGGCAAGCUUAUAAAAUGCGUUCUUCUCCACUCUCUCUACCCGUGCUGGUACUUUGAAGGAACUAUGUGCUGUACCUCUAGGUCUCUCUGUUCUACAACACUUCCCAGGACCCACUGAUUUACUGCACAAGUCCUGUCCUGGUUUAACUUCCUAAACUGUCUCACAUCACACUUGUUUGGGCUAAUUCCAUCAGCCAUUCCCUUAACCACUUACUCAGUUAAUCUGGACCCUUGUGUGACCGAAGACAACCUUCUUCACUGUCCACUUUACCACCAGUUGUGGUGUCAUCUGCAAAUUUACUAAUCAUGCCACUGACAUUCUCUUCCAAAUCAUUAUAUGAUUUGAUGUGAUAAAUUUAUGAAAUAUGAUGAACAAUAAAAUAUCCAGCACCAAUCCCUGCAGCACACCAUUGGAUGCAGAUCUUCAAUCUCAAAAGCAACUAUCCACUUUUACCUCUGUCUCCACGACCAAGCCAAUUUACUAUCUUAUCGUGGAUUUCAUAUAUCCUAACCCUCUGGAUCAGUCUACUUGCAGGUCCUUGUCAACAUCCUCGAAUAAGUCCAUAAGGACAAUGCACAUUACUCUACCCUUGUCAAUUCUCUUGUUACCUCCUCAAAAAUAAACUCAUAUUUAAGAGCCAUAAUCUCUCAUAAAAAAAGCCAUUCUGACUGUCUCUAAUCAAUGUUUGCCUUUCUAAAUGCAAAUGCGGGUAAGGAUUGUACAUUCUCCCAUGACUCUGUGGGUUUCCUCUGGGUGCUCCGGUUUCCUCUGGGUGCUCCAGUUUGAGAAGUUGAGAAGUCAAACUCACUGGAAGUUCUAGAGAGCUUGCAUCUAAAGAAUAGUCCGAAUACUUUGCCAGAAUCUCUUGAAUAUUACCAGAGCAAUGCACACAAGCUGCUGGAGGGAGUCAACAAGUCAGGCAGUAUCUACAAAGGAAAAUAGUUAAAAUUUUGGGCCAAGAUCCUUCAACAGACUGGAUGACCCUUCAGUAGUCUUGAUGAAGGGUCUCAGCCCGAAGCAUUGAUUGUUCAUAGAUGCUGUCUGACCUGCUGAGUUCCUUCACCAUUUUGUGUGUGUUGCUCAAGAUUUCCAGCAUAUGCAGAAUCUCUUCUGUCUUGAAUAUUGCGGUUCCAUAUUGGACGUCUUUCAUUACAGGUGGAAAGAUUUGCAGAAAACUGUUUUCCAUUUAUUUGUUUGCAUUUGAGUAAUGAAUUUACUCAAAACUAUUUUGUUGAAUAGUAGUCUGAAAGAUUGAUUGUAUAGUCCUGAACCAAAUGGGAAGUAAACCAAAUGCAGAACUCCCAAUUGAUGUGAGUAUUUUAGCCCACCAUAUAAUCAAAGUUGGUUACACCAUAUACCAUAUAGUUAAUGUCAAGCUUGACAUACAGGAUUUUCUGAAGUUAAUGGAAGUAGUUUUCAGUUUCUCUUGUGAAACAUAGUAUGAUGAUGAUGAUUACUUUAUGCUGAAGUAUAUUUAGAGUGUUUCCACAAGACAAAGUUUUGAACUUCUAAGACUAAAUUUAGACACUAUUAAAUUUCACAUUGAUGUUUGAAUGUAUUAUUUUUACAUAUACGCAUAUGUCAAAUAUAACAUAUAUAAUCAAAAUAAAGAAACUUGUCAAUUUUAGCAUUAGCAUGGAAUAAAAUAUUACAAGACCCUUUCCACUUUCAAAACACGGUGCUUGAAUUUUACAAAAGCGAAUGGUAGAAAUGUAUUAUGUUUAAUUGGGAUACAGUUGGAAAAGGGUCAAUAUCUUUCUUUUGUUAAGCAUGCGUGCAAAUGUUUAUCCAUCAUUAUACACAUUUGUUGGCUAAAUAGAAGCAAAUGUUUCAUUUUAAUAAUCUGCUAAAUGAAUUACAGUGGUCAGAAUUUUUUUUAUUCCCACAUCGAGAAAUUUUGUUUAAGUCAGACAGCUAAGACCACAAAUAUUCAAGGACAGCAAAACCAGAUUUCUUAUGAUAAUCUGGGAACACACAAGGAUCCUCGUGACAAUAUUGUGCUGUGGUUGAUUUUACAGCACAUCCCACUGAUUUUGAGACAUUUCUUCAACACACAAACUAGAUUUAAUGAUCUAGAGCACAGGACAGAGAUAUAUGUAUAUAUUUUAAAUUUGACUCCCAAUUCACUGUGUUCUCAAUUCUUAAACCCAACUGAUUGAAGAAACAGAUGUGGAGUCCCAUUGUUCACCGGGAUCCUAGUAAGCUCAUAUUCUAGCAAUUUCUUGGUGUUCUCUAAUUAAUUUAAUAAAUUGGGAAAAUAUCUCAGGAGAGGGAGGGGGUUGGUAUUCUACAAGUCAAACAAUCAAAAUUUUGCUCCCUCUCUCGUACCACCACAACUUUGAGAAUGAAUCCACCUCAAUUAGCAUUUGUGUGCGGUAAAGUUAACCCUGUGUUUAGUGUUUCCAACAGAUUUUGAAUCUCGAAUUAGCUUAAUGUUAUAUAUUUUGAUACCUAUCUACCUACUGCCUGUUAUGCCACUGGCAUUUAGGACAACAGUGAAGGUCCUCCAUCUGGUGGUGGUCAGGGCUUUUUUGUCGUGUCAGCAGGUCAGUUUUCACUACUGUCAGUCAUGCAAGUUCCAGAUGGAGACUCAGGAAUACUGUCAAACUCAGAUGAAUAAUUCUUCAUUGCUGCUUCUGUACAGUAUUGUACCAGUCAGGGUUGUUAGCCCCGAGCUGAAACCGCACACUGGGGGACUGGUAGACCACUCUUAGUGUGGCCUCUCGACUUUGACCUGUUACAACAGCCAAAGCGUAAAGCCCUGACUCCAGCCAACAUAGCUUCCUGGGUUAUUGAGGCACACAAGCCUCCAAACCCUAUGCCAAGGUUGUUGUCCUCUUGGAGGACAUUGUGAUACACCUUGUAUUAACUUUCAAAUGCUGCAGUUGCAUUACUUCACCUUGGGAAGUAUCUUGUGACAAAAUGCAAGAAAAUCUCAGCAUGUCAGACAAUGGGGAAAAUAGCUUAGCUAAAACUGUUAAACACAUAAUUUUAAGAGAGCUGUAAUGUAAUUACAAAAUUAAAUGCUGUUUCUCAAGUUAAUUGUGGGCUUCAUUGGCAUGCAGCAAAACCAAAAACAGAAAGGUCGGCAACACACACAAAAAGUGCUGGUGAACGCAGGAGGCCAGGCAGCAUCUAUAGGAAGAGGUACAGUCGAUGUUUCAGGCCAAGACCCUUCGUCAGGACAUUUUUUGUGUGUGUUGCUUGAAAUUCCAGCAUCUGCAGAACAAAAAGGUCGGAGUGUGAUGAAGAAUUAAAGUGACAGGCAGCUGGCAGCUCAAUGUCGUGCUUGUGUUUGAGUGCCUGUGUUCUGCAAUCUGCUUUUUGGUUUUCUCCAUUGUAGAGGAUACCACAUUUUGAGCACUAAAUGUAGUAAAUGUGAGAGCAAAGUACAGAUUUGUUCUUAUACUUGUCGUUGCACUCAUUUCAAAGUAUUCCUUGCCGAGUUUGUUGCAUUCCACCAACUAAAGACCUGACCUAACAUUCUCACAAAAUCUGCUACCAAGAUGGUACUGUCAUUUGUUAAACUGACUUCUUCAUUACUGGGGCUGAACUCCAGCUCUCUUGUACCACUUGUAUUCUUCAGUGACCAUGACCUUGCAACUGAGCACCUUCUCUGAGAGAGUUACUGACAUAAUUUCCUCCAAAUAUCUUCCCUCCACAGCCUCCAAGGUUACUUAUGCCACAGUUAUUAUUUUCUCUUUUAUGGAAUAUCGGCUUUGAUGUAAACUACUUCCGUCUUUAUCUUUUCCCCCAGGAUCCACAGGGAAGACUGCCUGAUGGACUCAUUGGUUUAACCUGCUCUCUCACCCCUUAUUUUUCCUACCUUGAAUCUCUUCUUUCUUCUCUUGUCCAGAUUCUAUCCGUUUACAUCUGUGACACCUUUAUUGCCCUUUGCCACAGCCAGUUUUCAUCAUGGAUGUCCAGUCCACUCACCUCAUCCCACACCAGAAUGAUCAAAGGGCUCUUUGACACUUCCUGGCAGAAAUACCAAAUUAAUCCCACUCCACAUAUACCUGCUCUCUCCCUGGCUGACAUUAUUCUCACAUUGAACAAGUUCUUCUCCAAUUCCAGUCACCCCCUCCAAGUAUAAACCACAGCUAUGGCUGGUUCUCUGUGGGAUAUGAUGAACAAUCAAGUUUCUUACCUACAACUCUAUUACAUUUCCUCAAGACAAAUUAAUUGUAAUUAAGGCUUCACCAUCCUCUCAAGCAGCACCAUGCCAUAAAUAAUGCGCUCCCUCCUGGCUUUAGCAAUCAUUGACAUUCCCUUCAUUCUUUCCACCACUUUCCAUUCUGCAUCUCAAAACAUAUUAGAUUUUUAACUUUUUUUCUAGUUCUGGUCAAACAUCAUUGUCCCGAAAUAUUAACUCUGUUUCUUUCUCUAUCAAACAAUGUUGCAUCAUUCUCUUUUUAUUGCAGGUUUUUAGCAACUGCAGUUUUUGCUUAUCAAGCAUUUUACGGCAACCAGUUCCGAUAUUUAGUUCAUAAUUGUUGCAUACACUAAGGUACAGUGAAAAGCUUGCUUUGCAAACCAUCCAUACAGAUCAAUUCAUUACAACAUUUAGUUGAGGUAGUUCAACGUAAAACAAUAUCAGAAUGCAGAAUGGAGUGUUACAGAGAAAGUGCAGUGCAGGGAGACAAUAAGAUGCAAGACUAUGACAAGGUAGAUUGUGAGGUUAUGUGGUCAAAAAUCUAUGUUAUUGUGCUAGGGGACUGAUCAAUUGUCUUCAAACGGGAUAGAAGCUGUUAUUGAGCUUGGUGCUACGCGCUUUCAGGCUUUAGUAUCUUCUGCCUGAUUGGGGUAGGGGAGAAGAGCAAAUGUUUAAUGUGGGUGUGGUCCUUGAUUAUGUUGAGUACUUUACUGUGCUACCAUGUUCAAUGAAGCAUUGAAUUGUCC